GCAUGACUGCUACUUUCCUGAUGUCUCUACUUUUUGGCCUUGCAUUUGGACAAACAAUGUCUCUUUGUGUUCCCACUGGAUACACCAUGCACAUUGAAAGGAGAGAGUGUGCCUACUGCCUUACCAUCAAUACCACCAUCUGUGCUGGAUACUGCAUGACUCGGGACAGCAAUGGUAAGCUGUUCCUCCCCAAAAGCGCUCUCUCCCAGGAUGUGUGCACAUAUAGAGACAUCAUCUACAGGACAGUGGUGAUGCCAGGCUGCCCUCCCCAUGUCAUCCCCUACGUCUCCUACCCUGUGGCUGUGAGCUGCAGGUGUGGCAAAUGUAACACAGACUACAUCGAUUGCAUACACGAGAGCGUCACGACAAACUACUGUACGAAACCCCAGAAGCCCUAUUUGGUGGGAUUUCCGGUUUGAAAGCUGUGUGAUCCUCCAUCCAUCAUUAAAUAUUUACACCAUUACAGCAAACCCAACCUAACUUAGAACACUUGAUGAUUAAAAUGAUUCCAAAUUUCA